AAGUACUAGGGCCAAGUGUACCUUCCGCUCGUCAUCAUGGAGCAAAUGGGCUUCCAGCGAUUCACGAUGAUGAAGAUGUUUCUCGGCGCGCUGGGCAUGUCGUUUGUGUCCAAAGCCGUCUUUCGCGUCUUGCAGCCCGAGACGUUCCAGCGUAUGCAGGCCAGCCGCGCGAGCAACCCGAGUACGUCCACCGUGCUCAUGCUCGGCGGCGUCCUUCUCGGUGCGGGCAUGACCGUCAGCGGUUCGUGCCCCGGGUCCGUGUACGUCCAGCUCGGCGCGCAGCUCCCGUCGGCGCUCGCGUGCCUUGCUGGCACUGCGCUGGGCACGUUCGCCGCCGGCACCCUUCGCUUCCGCAUCGCCGACUGGCAAGCAGACAAGCCCAAGGUAGCAACCACAAUGCCCUUCGGCCCGUUGACGCAGGCGCUUCUCGGCCUCACGUGCCUCUCUCUGGCAACCGUUCUCGAAGUCGUCGUCGUCCCCGAACGCCUGUCCAGUUCGUCGUGGCGCCCAAGCGUUGCCGGGGCUGUGGUCGGCGCGCUGCAGUUGCCAAUGGCAUGUCUUCUCCACAAGUCGCUCGGCGCAUCGGCUGGCAUGAAGAUUGCGCUCGGUGAAGUCUCGAGCGCUCUCUGUAGCGCCAUGGGUAUGCAACCGACGGCGUCGUGGCUGCCCCGCUUCUCGGACAUAUCGCAAGCGAUCUUUAUUCUCGGGAUUCUCGCCGGGUCCUAUGCUGCGACGUCGCCCGAAGCAGCUGUCGCCUACGCACCGAGCACGCUCCGCUCGAUCGUCGGCGGCGCACUUAUUGCGUUUGGCGCGAGCCUCGCGGGCGGGUGCACGUCCGGCCACGGCCUCUCGGGCACCGCCAUGCUCAUGACCUCGUCCUGGCUCGUGCUCCCGUCCAUUUUUCUCGGUGGCAUGUCCACAGCCGCGCUCGAGUAUGUCCUUUAACAGUCGUUCGCAAAUCC